AUGCAUCUAGGGUUCUCCCUAUCCGCCCUGCCCAUCUGGGCAACCCUUGCCUCCGCAGCGCUCAAUAUCUCCGAAACUGACAGCAAAAUCACUCUUGCCAACGAUCAUCUCACGGCGAUCUUUACGAAAGCCAAAGGCCGCGUCGAAGACCUCUUCCUUGACGGCCAGGACCUCCUCGGUCCCCAGUCCGGGUCCAGCGGUGUCGGCCCCUAUCUCGACUGCUACUGCACGCCGUCGGGCUUCUACACCGCUGGGUCCACCAACCCGGUGCUUGAGCUCGUCAACGGCACCGACUCCACGGGUACCAAGUACGCGGGCGUGAUCCUCAACGACACGUACACGCCUACGGGCCAGCAAUUCCAACAGUACUGGUUCCUUCGCGAUGGCGAGACCGGCCUGCACAUGUUCAGUCGACUGGCGUAUUACAACGAGACGACGCCAUUCCUGCGCAACCUGCAGGAGUUCCGGACGCUGCUAAGGCCGAACACUAAUCUCUGGACGCAUUUGACCUCGAGUGAGGUGCAGACUGCUCCGUUGCCGAGUAAGGAGGCGAUUAGCAAGCAGGUCGUAGUGCAGGAUGCAACCUGGAGGUUUAACAACACUCCCGAUGAUGAGUAUUACUCUCAGUUCUCGGAGUAUUUCACGAAGUAUACGUUUUCAAAUAAGUGGCGAGACAAUGAUGUCCAUGGUUUAUACGCUGAUGGCUCAACCUCGGACGGAACGACGUAUGGGGCGUGGCUUGUGAUGAAUACGAAGGACACAUACUACGGCGGUCCGCUACACUCCGACCUUACCGUCGACGGUAUCGUCUACAACUACCUCGUCUCGAACCACCACGGUGAGGGAACCCCCAAUAUCACGAACGGCUUCGAUCGUACCUUCGGUCCGCAAUACUACCUUUUCAACGGUGGAAAGGGCUCAGCCUCGAUCGACGAGCUGCGAUCCGAAGCCAGCGCCCUGGUAGACCCCGACUGGAAUGUCGAAUUCUACAACUCGAUCGCCAAACAUGUCAUCGGCUAUGUGCCCUCCAGCCACCGAGGCAGUGUCCAGGGUCGCGUCAAGCUACCUCGCGGAGCGAAGCGACCGAUCGCUAUCCUUACGGUCGCCGGGCAGUACUUCCAGGAUAACUCGGUGGAUGCAUCGUCGCACCAAUACUGGACGGAGAUUGACCAGAACGGGCGAUUCGAGAUUGAUCACGUCGUGGAGGGCAAAUACCGACUCACCGUCUACGCCGAUGGCAUCUUUGGCGACUUCGUCAAGGACGGUCUAAAUGUGCGGGCCGGGAAAAAGCUGAAGGUCGACGAGACAUGGAAGGAAGAGUCGGCGGGCGUGGAAGUCUGGCGUCUGGGCACGCCAGACAAGUCCUCGGGAGAGUUCCUGCAUGGCGUCGCGCGCGAUCAAUCGCGACCACUCCAACCCCCGGAGUACCUCAUCUACUGGGGUGCAUAUGACUGGCAAGGGGACUUCCCCAGCGGAGUUAACUACACGAUCGGCAGCAGCGAUCCGGCCACGGAUUUCAACACGGUGCAUUGGUCUGUGUAUGGCCCGACUCCGGACAAUGCCGACGUCGAAUACAACACGACCCAUGACUGGACGAUCAACUUUUCUUUGACCCAGAAACAGCUUCGACGACGAAAGACGGCCACGCUGACCAUUCAGCUGGCCGGGGCCAAGACGGCGUCCGGGAACACCGACGAGUACAAACCGGACGAACCAUACAGCAAUCUGGCGCUGGAGAGCUACGUCAACCAGCAGGAGGAGCCACUCACGCUGCUGGUGGGAUUCAACCAGUCCAGCAGCUGUAUUGUGCGGUCGGCCGUCAGUUGCUACCAGGUGGCGUCCCGGAUGGAAUUCCCCACGGACUGGCUGCAGGUGGGCGACAAUUCCUUGCGACUGCAUCUGCCGUAUAAUGCCACCGACGUGGAGACGGCGAUCCUGCCUGGCACGGUGUAUGUGCAGUAUGAUGCGUUGCGACUGGAGCUGUCAUAGGUGUUGGUGGCUGGACGGUGACGGACUAGAAAGGGCAUAGGGCCGGUGUACUUCGUAUCACCUAGAUGAGAUGAAUGAUUAGUGAUCGCUGGAUGACCUGAUGACGUUGACGAACCGAGGUCGC